AAACAAGAACGCGAACAAUGAGCGAGUCUGUGGUACUGCCCCCUACGCCAAACGAUCCGUCGCCACUAAACGACGAGGCAGCGGACGACGUCGCGCCGACGUCGCUUCUCCGACGUCUUCGAAAGAAAGGCUACAAGUUUUCUUCCUUCGCUCGAGAAGAUCACGGGAAUGCCCUCUACUGCGUCACGUUUUGCGAUGUCUUGCCUAUCUACGAACGCAUGUUUGCUGUGGCUGGUGGCAAUCGCCUGACAAUGUACGAGUGUCUGGAGAAUGGCGGACUAGAUGUGAUUCAGGUGUAUUGCGACGGCGACCAGGAGGAGCAGUACUUCACGGCAGCAUGGACUGUCGACGUGCUCACAGGCUCGCCACUGCUGGCGGCUGCAGGAUUCCGUGGCCACAUUAAGUUGAUCAACUGCAUCACUCAGUCGGUGGUGAUUGUGCUAUCUGGGCACGGCAACUCGGUGAACGAACUUAAAUUUCACCCGGUCGAUCCGAGCCUACUGCUCUCGGCUGGCAAAGACGAGUCUAUUCGUUUAUGGAACUCGCUCACGGGCGUAUGUGUUGCAAUUUUCGCCGGUCACGUUGGUCACCGUGACGAUGUGCUAAGCCUGGACAUCCACUUAAAGGGCUCGUGCUUUGUAUCGUCCGGUAUGGACAACACGGUCAAGAUUUGGGACUUGGAGGACGAAGUCGUCCAGACGGCCAUCAAGAAAUCAUACACCGAGCCCCGCCCGAAAGACCGGCCUUUCGACACCAAGUUCAUUCAGUUUCCAGCUUUCUGUACCAGUAAAGUGCAUGCGGACUACGUGGACUGCGUGCGCAUGGUGGGCGACUUGAUUUUGUCCAAGUCGACUGGCAACAAGGUGAUCUUCUGGAAACCGAACCCGUCGCGAGGCAAGGACGCCGUGACGGUGCUGCGUGAGUAUCACUACAAGGACGCGGAUCUUUGGUUCAUGAAAUUCGGACUCGAUUCGCAGCUGGAGGUCAUGGCUGUGGGCAACAAGAAGGGUGUUGUGAGCGUCUUUGAUUUGGACGCUGAGCAAGAGCGUUCGAUCUGCAAGCUGACGCACAACAGCUGCAAGAGCACGGUGCGCCAAGUGUGUUUCAGCAAGAGUGGCCGCACUAUCAUCACUUGCUCAGACGACGCGACGGUCUGGCGCUGGGAUCUGCACUAAGAAGUACUGAAGCUUCUGGAAGAUGUAGGAACAUGUAACCCGUAAACAAGUACCGGUAACGUUGCCAGUGGU